AUGGCGGCCGCCGCGGCGACGAGCGCCACAGCCGGGGGCCCGGGAGCCGCCGAGCCCCAGGAGGCGUGCGGCUGGCGCUGCCCGGAGCACAGCGACCGCGAGGCCGAGCUCUUCUGUCGCCGCUGCCGCCGCUGCGUGUGCGCGCUGUGCCCCGUGCUGGGCGCGCACCGCGGCCACCCCGUGCGCCUGGCGCUGGAGGAGGUGGCGCACGUGCAGAGGCUCACGCAAGACUGUUUAAAGCAGUUGGCAACCAAGAAGCAACAAGAAGCUGAUAACAUAACGCAGAUAGAAGACGCGGCCGAGAAGCUCAAGGCUCAUGCAGAGUCAAGUAAAGCUUGGCUGGCAGGGAAAUUCACAGAACUCAGGUUACUGCUGGAUGAAGAGGAAGCACUGGCCAAGAAAUACAUAGAUAAAAACACACAGCUCGCCCUGCAGGUGUACAGGCAGCAGACCGAGUCUUGUGGGGAGCACAUUGACGCCAUGAAUGACCUCUCCCACAGGGUCUACAGCAUCAGCCAGGAGCCCGACCCUAUACGACUGCUGCAGGCCUACUCCGCUGCUAAGCAGGAGAUGGAGCGGCAGAUGAGCCUUGGGGAGCUGUGCCACCCCGUGCCCCUCUCCUUCGAGCCUGUCAAGAGCCUCUGCAAGGGCUUCGUGGAGGCCGUGCAGGCCGUGCUGCAGAUGCCACUGGAGGCUCGUCUUAAGGAAAGCAUGGACUGCCAGCUCUCCUGCUCCUCCAGCACCAAGCCAGGUACCUUGUUGAAGACAGGGGCCUCUCCGGAGCGGUCCCUCUUCUUAAAAUAUGCGCGCACGCCCACUCUGGAGCCGGACACGAUGCACGCGCGCCUGCGCCUGUCAGCCGACCGCUUAACUGUUCGUUGUGGACUGUUGGGCCGCCUGGGGCCCGCGCCCGCGGUGCGCUUCGACGCGCUGUGGCAGUGCUUCCGGUUCGGGUUCCUGGAGGGGACACUGGACACCGAGCUGUGA